GCGGCCCCGGUGCUCCCCGGGCCCGGUAGUUCGCGGGGCCGCCAUGAGCGCGGCCCGGCCCGGCCUGCGGCGGCUGCGCUCGGCCGGGGGCAGCGGGGGGAGCCAGCUCCAGGGCACGCCCGUGCUCCCGAGGCAGAGCAGGAGGAGGAAGAGCCUGGCCAUUGCCUACGAAGCGGGGCAGGGCGAUGGGGCCGAGCCCCGGCGGGCGCGCUGGGAGCCGCCGCGCUGGCGGGAGCAGCUGCAGCGCAUCCGCCAGAUGAGGAGCAGCAGGGAUGCUCCCGUGGAUGAGAUGGGAGUGCACAGGUGCUAUGACAGCAGCGCACCUCCAGAGGUGAUGCGCUACCAGGUGCUGCUGGCCCUGAUGCUGUCCAGCCAGACCAAGGACCAGGUGACAAGUGCUGCCAUGCUGCGCCUGCGCCGGCGCGGCCUCACCGUGGACAGCGUGCUGCAGAUGGAUGAUGAGAGCCUGGGGCAGAUCAUCUACCCCGUGGGCUUCUGGAGGAACAAGGUGAAGUACAUCAAGCAGACCACAGCCAUCCUGAAGCAGAAGUACGGGGGGGACAUCCCGAGCACUGUGGAGGAGCUGGUGCAGCUGCCAGGAGUUGGGCCCAAAAUGGCCCACCUGGCCAUGCACAUCGCCUGGGACAGCGUGGCUGGCAUAGCUGUGGACACCCACGUGCACAGGAUCUCCAACAGGCUGCAGUGGGUGAAGAAGGAGACCAAGAACCCCGAGCAGACUCGGGUGGCGCUGGAGGAGUGGCUGCCCAGGCAGCUGCAUGGCAACAGUGCUGUUUGUCCCCUCACUGCAGGGACCUCUGGAAGGAGAUCAACUGGCUCCUGGUGGGCUUUGGGCAGCAGACCUGCCUGCCUGUGAGCCCUCGCUGCAGCCAGUGCCUCAACCAGGACAUCUGCCCGGCUGCCAAGAGACUCUGAGGGAUCAUCCAGCCUUGGGAGAGCCACAGAGCUGCUUGGGCUGAGCCCUGCUAAAGCUGGGCCUGGCACAGGGCUGGCAGUGUGACUGCAGGGGACAGGAGCCUGCUGCAGCAGCUCAGGGGAACAGCCAGGGGCAAUGGCUCAGCUCUGCAGAGGAAAAAGGGGCUUUGAGAGGCAGCAAUCCUGCUGGGACAGAGCUGGAGCCUCCAGCCUGGGUGAAUGGCUGAGCACAGCCCAGCUGUGCCACUCUGAGUCACUGGAGAGAAAAGCUUUGUCCUCAGGGAGCUGCUGCUGCUUGUAAAUACUCGUUUAAUAAAGGUGGUGAGGGCUUUUUGCACCCA